CGCCGCGGUUUUCUCUGUGCCGAAGUUCUCCGAGUUACGAACGGAUCACACAAGCCGGAAUAACCAUGGAUAUCCUGCCGAGUGGGAACAUAUUUAGGGAGUUGCAGGACAUACACGACACCGGAUACUUUUCGGCCCAGCCGUCGCUCGAGGAUCAUUGGCAACAGACAUGCUACGAGAUGGAGAGGUACCUGAAGGACGAGCCGAAGCUGCAGUCGUACAAAAAGUUGCCCACAGAAUUGGACACGGCACCCUGGAACCUCUUCAGGGCGCCGCCAAUCUCGUGGACAGCGUCCACGGGCACCGCCAACGCACAAUUCGAAUCGCCAAUCAAAAUGGAGGUGACGACGUCGUCGGAGGACAGGGAAACGCUCUGUCUCGACGACAUAAAAUUCAGUCCCGGCGAUCACAACCACAACGGCCGCGAUAGGGAUCUCCUGGACCGACACCUCGAUUCCUUGUCGAUGUCGUCGGCGAGUUCGGCGUGUUCGGCGUUGUCCUGGGACAGCUCGCCCUCCCUCUCGUGCACAGCACUCAUUCUCAAGAAAGAGCCCAGCGAGGAUCUCGAAGAGGAUGAGGAGCAUGAGGAAAUCGAGGAGGAGGAGGACAGCGGCUGCGAAAGCGAAGGUCAGAUCCUGACGCCACCGUCGAGCCCCGGCUCAGGUCAAGGUCAUUCCAACUCCAGUCACUCGUCGAGCGGGAGUUCGAUGCUCGAUGUCCACAACCUCAACCUUCACGGGACGGGUGGCAGGAGCGCCAUCGUCAGGGUUACCACCAGCAACGCGCAGGGUGUCGCAAGACUGAUCUCCGUCGCGGCGAAUGGGUACCCCGCGGUCGCGGGCACGCAACACGCACACGCAGGGGCCGCCGCAGCUGCGAGCACCGUGGCCAACAGGCACCACGCGAGGAGCCACGAGCACAGUCCGCCCGACACGAAGCGCAGGAUACACAAAUGCCAAUUUCCGGGAUGCAAGAAGGUCUACACCAAGAGCUCGCAUCUGAAGGCCCACCAGAGGACGCACACGGGAGAGAAGCCGUACAAGUGCAGCUGGGAGGGUUGCGAGUGGCGAUUCGCGCGUUCCGACGAGCUGACGCGCCACUAUCGCAAGCACACCGGCGCGAAACCGUUCAAGUGCCGGCACUGCGACCGAUGCUUCUCCCGCAGCGAUCAUCUGGCACUCCACAUGAAGAGACACGUGUAAUCGAUCGUCUCCGCGAGCGGUCGUUCGCGCGUCGAGCGGUCCAGGGCCGAGGCGCGAGGCUCCUUCCUGCCCGAGGACACCCGAAGACAUUGAGCAGCGGCCGUGGGCUUGCGAUUGCGUUUCUUCCACGGAUUUCCCGGCGGUCCGCCGUGCCGCGGGCUCGUCAGGGUAGUCGAGCUGCCCGACCAGCGGGUUCGCGCGCCGAACAUCGAUGAUCCGCCGAGCCGGGACGCGCUCCACCGAAGAACGUUCACCGCUCGGUAAAUCGUUCUGCACCCGAGAUCGAAGCGUCACCUGGAUCCUUCGCGAUCGAUCCGCUCGUCCCGAGUAUCGGCGAGUCGCCGACCGAGUUCGUUCGAUCUAGAUAACGUCGCGAUUGGAAGUCGCGGCCGAGCCCUCCACCCCAUUCCGGCGGGGGCGACCCGCGUCGCAGCUCGAACGGAACCGCGCGGUACUUUUUUACGUUAAUACACAGCGGCCAAGAGGACAUCAGGCGUGUCAGUAGAGACUGUUCGUAGUCGAAACGCGGCCCCGCGCGGGAACAGCGCGCGGGAGUCCGUCCCGGAACCUUAAUCACUGCCAAUUCAUUAAAUUCUAAGAUCAACGGUGUACCGCCGGCGACCUCGAGCUGCCGCGGACAGCGGCCGCCGCCGGGGAACGGGGCGGAGAGCCGGGCAACCGGCGAGUCGCGGAAACGAAACGUUCCCGGGACAAGCGCGCCGUCCGCCUCCCGCGAAACGGUCGAAUCGACGGUCCGCCCGUGGAAUCCCGGUUCACGAGGACAAUAAUGCUGUCUGUCGGUGCCAAACGUUACUUCCUGUCCCCUUCACUGCCUCCGCAUCCCCUUCUCGUGCACGCGCGAGGAUCUAGACGACAUCCCCCGUUCCCUGUGCGCACUUCUCAUUUUUCCCGGCGAGAUCGAGGAACCGGGCGACGCUCCCCUGAGCUUCGAUCCUUCGACGGGCCGCGAUAAUCGACAUUGCAUUCGCGGAGGGACGGAGCGAAACGGCGAGCUCCAAGGGUGAGUCGGCCGGUCGGUCGAUCGGUCGGGACGGGGGACGGAGCGGAGGUCCGGCCGUAAUUGAAUACGUGAUUUCGGCCAGUUUCCGCGAAAGCAAAGUUUACCGUGCCGCGCGCUAAUCCCGAAUUUACAGUGCGAAUUAUAUCGCGGGCCUCCGCUUCUCGACCCCUCCUCCUCCUCCUCCUCCCUCCCGCAGCCCGCGCCACCCCGUUUCGUUCCCGUGAUCCGCGCGAGGGCGACGAAGCGAAAGAAAGAACGAGUCUCGUCGAUUCGACCGUUUCACCCUCGACGAAAUCCGAAGCGAUUUUUUAAGGAACAAAGACUGGCGGCGCUCCACCUUCCACGGGAAACCGAUCGAACGACCGCCGGAUCGUUCGCGCGCGGAACAAUUGUACGCCCGACAUCCUCCAUCGUGAUUCGGUACUCUUUCUUCCUUAAAAAUUCGACCAUCGAACGUAAAAGCAAAAAAGUAGCAGGUUUUUGAGCAGAUACGCGUGCGCGUGAUAAACGCGAGAGAGAGAGAGAGAGAGAGAGAGGAAGGAACGACGAGAAAUAUAAUACGGACAUCAGACUUUGUACUUUUGUACGAUCGCUUUCUUAGACGACCGUUUGCGCGUUCGUUUCCCGGCGAGAACUGCGCGCCGCGCGAGUCGGCCGGUGGCGAGCGUAAUUUAGCUUGCGCGAGGGGGCGAGGGACAAGAUUCUCGUCGGAGGCUCAACAGAAAUAAAUGAAAUAUAUAUAUAUUUUUUAAUAUUCUCGUCUUACUCACCGAAACAAUAUAUAUAUUAUUAACAUAAGGGACAAAAUAAACGGGCAACAUUCCGCACAAAGCUCUAGAACCGUUUCCACGCGUCAGACUCGCCCCCUCGGCGACGCCACCCCGCCUCGACGAGGCGCGGCCGCGACAUUCGGCGGCCGGACGGCAGCGCGCGUCGCGUCCCGCGAACUUCCGGUCGGCGCGGAUCGUCCCUUGUCCCGCGGAUCAUCGGUUCGAUCGGAUCGCGCCUCGGCCGAGGAAUCCCGCGGACGUGUCGGGUCAUCGAGAGCGAAGGGUCCGUGGAUCGCUCGCGUGACGGGGAGAGGUGAACAAAAGCGUAGAGUAGUAAUUCAUUUAGUAUAUAAAACGCGAGACGAACGCGCGUCGCUGACGGAGCCGGCGCCCGCUCGGACGAGAGAAAGAGAGACUAAGGGGAUAGAAUUUAUCUUUGCCCGGGCGUAGCGGCGCGGCGGAAGGGAAACGACGAAACAAACAAAGCAAGGAAACAAACAAAAACAGAGAGGAGUAAACACGAAAACGAAGAGGUAGAGGGAAGAAAGAAACUAAAUUUUAAAUGUUCAGUGGCCAAAUAAAUUAACUGAUAACGCACGUAGAACGUAACGAUACCGUACCUACAUUGUAAGUAAGCCUGACUGACGUGUGUGGAUGUGUGCGUGGGUCGCGCGCGUUAAAUUCGACGAUUGCCUGCACGUGUGUCGCGUCGGUUUCAUUUUUUUUCUUUUCUUUUUUUUCUUUUCUUUGUCACCCGUCCCGGCGGGUCGCGUGUUGCGCGCGAGUGUUCUUCUUCCGUUUGCCCGUUCCUUUUUCCUGUUCCGUUC